UUUUCUAGCUGAGGAAUGAAGUGACUUGGAACCAAACUGGGCUUCUCUACUGAGCAUGUCCCUCUCCAGCAGGGUCUGGCUUGGGUGGGGCCAGUCUUGCUCAUUAAGCUUUUGGACGCUGGAUUUCCAUCAGCUUUCCACAGUUUUCCAAUGACAGGAAAUAGCAGAGAGCGGGCUUGAUGUGCUUAAAAGCUGCCAUAAGCUGUGACCAUGACUACUGAAGUAGGCUCUGCGUCUGAAGUGAAGAAGGACUCUGGCCAGUUAGGAACAGAUGCAACCAAGGAAAAGCCUAAAGAAGUAGCAGAAAAUCAGCAGAAUCAGUCAUCCGAUCUAGAGGAGGAAAAAGGUUCCCAGCCAGCUCCUGCAGCUGAAAGCCAAAGUAGUCUACGCCGCCAGAAGAGAGAGAAGGAAACAUCUGAGAGCAGGGGUAUUUCUCGGUUCUUACCGCCAUGGCUUAAGAAGCAAAAGUCAUAUACCUUAGUAGUGGCCAAAGAUGGAGGAGAUAAAAAAGAACCCACCCAAGCUGUUGUUGAAGAACAGGUCUUAGAUAAAGAGGAACCCCUUCCGGAAGAACAGAGACAGGAUAAGGGUGAUGCUGAAGAAAUGGCUCAGAAGAAACAACAAGAGAUUAAGGUUGAAGUCAAGGAAGAAAAACCCUCAGUGAGCAAAGUGGAGACGCAGCCUACUGAAUUAGUAAGUAAGGAGAGAGAAGAGAAGGUAAAGGAAACACAGGAAGACAAAUUUGAAGGAGAAGCAGCAAAGAGGGAGACGAAGGAAGUGCAGACCAAUGAACUGAAAGCAGAGAAGGCAUCUCAAAAAGUCACCAAGAAGACCAAAACUGUCCAGUGUAAAGUGACCCUCUUAGAUGGCACCGAAUACAGCUGUGACCUGGAGAAACGUGCUAAGGGACAAGUGUUAUUUGACAAAGUGUGUGAACACCUCAAUCUCUUGGAGAAGGACUACUUUGGACUUUUGUUCCAGGAAAGCCCUGAGCAGAAAAACUGGCUAGAUCCUGCUAAAGAAAUAAAGAGACAACUGAGAAACCUUCCCUGGCUAUUCACUUUUAAUGUGAAGUUUUAUCCUCCUGAUCCUUCUCAAUUGACUGAAGAUAUCACCAGAUACUUCUUGUGCCUUCAGCUCCGGCAGGACAUUGCCUCUGGCCGCCUGCCCUGCUCUUUUGUGACUCAUGCUCUCCUGGGAUCCUACACCCUGCAGGCUGAACUUGGUGACUAUGACCCAGAAGAACAUGGCAGCAUCGACCUCAGUGAAUUCCAGUUUGCCCCUACUCAGACUAAGGAGCUGGAAGAGAAGGUGGCAGAGCUGCACAAAACCCACAGGGGCUUAUCUCCAGCACAAGCUGAUUCCCAGUUCUUAGAAAAUGCAAAGAGGCUUUCCAUGUACGGUGUUGACCUACAUCAUGCCAAGGACUCAGAAGGUGUGGACAUCAAGCUGGGCGUGUGUGCUAAUGGACUUCUCAUUUACAAAGACAGACUGCGAAUCAAUCGUUUUGCUUGGCCGAAAAUCUUAAAAAUUUCCUAUAAACGCAGUAACUUCUAUAUUAAAGUCAGACCAGCAGAGCUGGAACAGUUUGAGAGUACUAUUGGAUUCAAACUGCCCAACCACCGGGCAGCGAAAAGACUAUGGAAAGUGUGCGUGGAGCAUCAUACUUUCUACAGACUUGUUUCUCCGGAGCAGCCACCAAAAGCCAAGUUCCUGACCUUGGGGUCCAAAUUCCGCUAUAGUGGCCGCACCCAAGCACAGACCCGCCAGGCCAGCACCCUCAUAGAUAGGCCAGCACCACACUUUGAGCGCACUUCUAGUAAACGGGUCUCCAGGAGUCUAGAUGGAGCUCCGAUUGGUGUCGUGGACCAAAGUCUUAUGAAGGAUUUUCCUGAUGCUGCUGGGGAGAUUUCAGCCUAUGGCCCUGGAGUUGUCAGCAUUGCCGUGGUACAAGAUGGGGACGGCAGGAGGGAAGUGAGAAGCCCAGCUAAAGCCCCACAUUUACAGCUCAUUGAAGGAAAGAAAAAUUCCUUGAGAGUAGAAGGGGAUAAUAUUUAUGUCAGACAUAGCAAUUUAAUGUUGGAGGAACUGGAUAAGGCCCAGGAGGACAUACUGAAACAUCAGGCUAGCAUUAGUGAACUCAAGCGCAAUUUUAUGGAAUCCACACCUGAGCCGCGCCCUAAUGAAUGGGAAAAACGACGUAUCACACCUCUGUCCCUACAGACACAAGGGAGCCUAGAAGAGGAGAUAACAUCAAUAUUGUUUAGUGAAAAGGGCUUUUCUGAUAGCAUGAAAGCCACCUUCACUUCAGCCACCACUUGGACAGCAGAGGGCGCUGUUGUGAGCGCUAAUGCACCUUCUGAAAAGCUUUCUUCCUCGCCCUUCUCACACUUGCUUGAGACACGUGCUCCUGAGUCAGAAGGGCCUUGCACUGGAGCCAGGGAUGCUGUUAAGAGUUCACAUGAGACUCUGAAUAUAGUGGAGGAGAAGAAGCGGGCAGAGGUUGGGAAAGACGAAAGAGUAAUCACAGAAGAAAUGAAUGGUAAAGAGAUAUCACCUGGGAGUGGUCCUGGGGAGAUUCGUAAGGUGGAGCCUGUGACACAAAAAGACUCCACCUCCCUGUCUUCUGAGAGCAGCAGCAGCAGCAGUGAGAGUGAGGAGGAAGACGUGGGAGAGUACCGUCCCCACCACCGAGUGACCGAGGGCACCAUCAGGGAGGAACAGGAGUAUGAAGAAGAGGUGGAGGAAGAACCCCGCCCAGCAGCCAAGGUAGUAGAGAGGGAGGAAGCAGUGCCCGAAGCCAGCCCAGUCACACAAGCAGGUGCCAGUGUAAUCACAGUAGAAACAGUGAUCCAGGAAAAUGUAGGUGCCCAAAAGAUACCUGGAGAGAAGAGUGUACACGAAGGCGCUCUUAAGCAAGACAUGGGAGAAGAAGCAGAGGAAGAGCCACAGAAAGUUAACGGAGAGGUGUCCCAUGUUGACAUUGAUGUUUUGCCACAAAUUAUUUGUUGUUCAGAGCCACCAGUGGUAAAAACAGAGAUGGUAACAAUUUCUGAUGCCUCACAAAGGACAGAAAUCUCCACCAAGGAAGUCCCCAUUGUCCAAACUGAGACCAAAACCAUCACAUAUGAGUCUCCACAGAUUGAUGGCGGGGCUGGUGGUGAUUCGGGCACGUUACUGACUGCACAAACCAUCACAUCUGAGUCGGUGUCAACAACGACAACCACACACAUCACUAAGACUGUAAAAGGUGGAAUUUCUGAAACAAGAAUUGAGAAACGCAUUGUGAUCACAGGAGAUGCAGAUAUUGAUCAUGACCAGGCACUGGCUCAGGCGAUCAGGGAAGCCAGAGAGCAGCACCCUGACAUGUCGGUCACAAGAGUGGUGGUACACAAAGAAACAGAGUUGGCGGAGGAAGGGGAAGAUUAAGUAAGAAAACUAUUUUUUAAACAACACUCAACUUUGUGAACCCCUGAAGAUUUUUUGACCGUUCCGAGUCUUAAUACCACACCACUAUUCCAGCGAAUUUAUGCUACAACUGGUAACAAUGACCAGAAGCCUGAAGAAUUAAAAUGCCGACACCAAACCUUUCCUUACCAGCUCUGGUCUAUAUUGCUCCCAUGCAUUUAAUAUAUUAUUUUGUUUUAUAACCACUUCUAAAUAUUCUUGGUUCUUUCUUUUUUGUUGUUGUUAAUUAAGGGGUUUUGGUUUUGUUUUCUGUUUACUUUGUGUGCAACUACCUGCUUUUAAUGACUCACUUUGAUCAAAUGACAGUGAACAAAGCCAGCCCAAGCUGGUAAGGUGCUGUUCACCUGAACAGGUGCUGUUGUGCAGAAAGGAAACUCUGUGACUAAUUUAGAUAGUGGCUUUCCUUCUUCUGGAUUCUUUUCCUUGAAUUCUCACAGUAUAUAUUUACGGAGUUUCAAAUUGCAGUAAAUAUACUGUAUGAGAAAAUAUUAAUACAGAUAAAAAGCAUUUCUUACAUCCUGAAAAUUUUCUAAUACUUGAGAAUUUCACAGGGAUGUUUUUUAUAUUGGACCCUUUUGACUUUCCAGUCCUGUGACUUUCUACUUUUAGUAGAGAGUCAGAAUCUCUGGACUGGAGAAUUAUGAAGAAGUUCACUGACUGUGCACUGUGCUUAGAGACCCUGCCGCACCACAGUGCCAAUGCUUGUCAGACACAUGCCCUUCGGCAGCAUUCCAGAACAGGAGGGAAGAGAAAGAGAAAACUCUUUCUUCCCUUCUACUAAAAGAUUCAGGCAGCUUAAAACCUUAGUGCUUUCUUUCUUAACAAACCCAAAUUUCAAUUCUUUCCAUUGUUUGAACACUUGGGUAGAACUCUCGCUUUGUAUUAAACCUCCUUGUCUACAUGUGUAAAACUGACCUUUUGUUAUUGAGCAGGCCUAUCUCUUUCAGCUAGUUUGAUGAUUCGCACAGGUUUGAGGACGCUGGGGAGAAGGGGAGGGGCUGUGGUGGUGUUCUGUUGGUUACAAGAAAGUUAUACCAUUUAAAGCUGGUACCAGAGACCUGAUAGGGACUUAUUAACUAUAUUGAACAUUUUUUCCUUUGCCUUUGACCCUAUGUAUAGUUAUGAUGCCAGAUUAGAUUUAUAGCAGCUUCAAGUUGUAUUAAAUGAUAUUUUGCUUCCUGUAAUACUGUUACAAAAUAAAGUUUGUUUAUUCUCUAAA